AUGACGACUAGAAUCAGCCUUAUCGCAAACCCGCGCUACCAGAAGUCCGGCACAAAGUCGUACUUGUACGCCAUGCGCAAGUAUCGCUUCACCCCAACUAAGGGUGGCCCGUAUUUCCUCGGCACUAGAAUGGUACAGACUGGCCGACAGUACACUGAUAAGCCCGUCGGAGGCCGUGCUCGGCUGCAGCAGGUGCUACAGAAGAAGGACGCUGUUAGCGACCAGGUUGGUCAAGUGGGUGCCGACGAUAUACAGAAUGACUCGAUGUAUCUUGCCGAAGUUGGUAUUGGCACACCAGCGCAGACACUGAGUCUGGACUUUGAUACUGGGUCUGCGGAUCUGUGGGCAAGUAGAUUUCUUUCUAUUUUUCUCCGAGUCUGGUCCACGGAGUUGCCAUCUAAGACUUUGUCGGACAACAAGAACCAUACAAUCUUUGAUCCGACCAAAUCAAGCACGUUCAAGGAGAAAGAUGGCUCGACGUGGCAGAUUAAGUACGGUGAUGGCUCUUCUGCCUCUGGCACGGUCGGCAACGAUAAUGUCAACAUCGGCGGACUGGUGGUCAAAGGCCAGGCUGUUGAGAUCGCUGAUAUAUUGUCCGAUCAAUUUGCACAAGGUGCUGGGGAUGGGCUACUGGGACUUGCAUUCGGUAAUAUCAAUACUGUCAAGCCCGAGGCUGUGAGCACGCCUGUGGAGAAUAUGAUCUCGCAAUCCGACAUCCCGAAGUCGGCUGAACUCUUCACGGCGAAGCUGGGGUCAUGGCGAGACUCUGAUGAGCCGGAUAAGGGCGAGUCGUUCUAUACCUUUGGUUAUAUUGACCAGGACACCGUCAAGGCCACUGAGGCAGAGAUCUACUACACACCUGUCGAUAACAGUCAGGGAUUUUGGCUGUUUGAUUCCGCCUCGGCGACGGUGAAUGGAAAGUCUAUUUCUCGGGCUGGGAACAAGGCUAUUGCUGAUACAGGGACUACUUUGGCGCUUGUGGAUGACGAAACUUGUCAGGCCAUUUAUGAUGCUAUCCCCGGGGCGGAGUAUGACGAUAACAGCCAAGGAUGGAUCUUCCCAUCCAACACAUCGGCUGAUAAAUUACCUGUUAUUUCCUUUGCUGUUGGUGAUAAGCAAUUUGUUGUGCAGAAAGAAGAUCUAGGAUUUGCCGAGGCCAAGUCUGGUUAUGUCUAUGGAGGCAUCCAAAGUCGUGGUACUAUGACCAUGGAUAUUCUUGGUGAUACCUUCCUGAAGGCCAUCUAUGCAGUCUUCGAUGUUGGUAAUCUUCGCUUUGGCGCUGUGCAGCGAAAGGAGCUUCACCAAAAUCUCUCUAUGCCUUCUGAGUCUAGCUAG